AAAUUACUUAUAUAACUAACUCAAAAACAGAUUGUUAAUGUUUCACCGAAGGAUGAGGUUUCCAUCAAUUGUUUUUCAGUGGAGCAUGGAUGACAUCAAAACCCUCGAGAUUAGUUAUAUAAUUUAUCUCGAAGGUUCUUUAUUAAUCGCGAAAAGAUGAGAUUUUCUUCAAUUGUGUUGAUGUUAUCAGGUGUGUUCGCCAUCAAAAGCUAACGGCGAAAACUUGGCUGAAUUAGAAGGAACCUCUUCACUUCAAGUUAUUUCUUUGAAGCGGCACCUGAAGUUUCCUCAAUGGACAAUCUCACGCAAGAACAGCAAGAGAUUUUAGACAAAUUUCGUGUUUGUGUCAGCGAUAUUUGUCAGCCAAAUCAUGAUGAUCACUUUUUGUUAAGAUGGCUUCGAGCAAGAGAUUUCAGUGUAGAAAAAGCAGAAUUCAUGCUGAGAGAGAGCAUGAAUGUACGCAGGCAGAUGAAGCUUGACACUUUGGUGGAAACCUACAAAGUUCCAGAAGUAUUGUCAAAAUAUUAUCCAGGAGGGCACUUUGGUUUUGAUAGAGAGGGCACUCCAGUUUUCAUUGAUCCAAUUGGACAAAUUGACUUUAGAGGGUUGCUGGCUUCUGUAAAGAAAAAUGAAAUUAUCAGAUUCAAAGCUUACUUAGCUGAAUACACACUGUUCCUAUCCAGGCAACAAUCUUCCAAGCUUGGUAAACACAUUGAUCAGGUUGUGAUGGUGAUGGACAUGGAGGGACUUGGACUGAAACAUCUUUGGAGGCCAGGUGUCACGCUUUUCAAUAAAAUUACAGCAUUUUAUGAAGAUAACUACCCAGAAAUGAUGAAGAAUAUUCUUGUCAUUAAUGCACCUAGGAUAUUCCCAAUAGCAUAUGCUUUAGUAAAACCAUUUCUUAAUGAAGUGACAAGAAACAAAGUAAAAAUACUGGGAGAUUGGAAAACUGAGCUUCUGGAGUAUAUUGAUGAAGACAAUCUGCCAGAAUAUUAUGGAGGCACCUGCAAAGAUCCUGAUGGAGAUCCAUUGUGCAGAUCAAAGAUAUGUUAUGGUGGUGACGUACCAGAAUCUUAUUACUGUAAAGAUUGUGACAAACCUGAUACCUGGACAGAUGAACAGAUGUAUGAAGUUGGAUGUGUCAAGCGAGGAACUGCUCUGAAACUAAGCUUUGAAGUUGAUGCACCAGGCAGUAUUCUAAGUUGGCAGUACAAGUCUGUGGACCAUGACAUUGGAUUUGGUGUCUUCUAUUCAGAAAAAGGCAGUAAACAUUCCAAAGAUUUGGAAGAAAAGAUUCCAACAGAAAGACGGAACUGUCACUUGGUUCAAGAGGAAGGUUCUCUUCUCUGUGAGAAACCAGGCAUUUAUAUUCUUCGUUUUGAUAAUUCAUACAGUUGGACACGAAACAAAAAGAUUUUCUACAAUGUGACAAUUGUCUAUCCAUUGAAAGAUUCAAACGGGCAUGUGGAUGUAUCUUGAUUAACUCAGAAUUCCAAGAUUUAUCAUAAAACAUUGUAAAUCAGCAGUUUGUGGAAACAUUUUACGGACUGAAGUUAAACGGGCCGUGAAGAGUUGCUCAGUUUAUCGCUUUUACUCAAAGCUGUGAGACUCAACAGAUAAACACCACAGCUAUUUAUAUACUUUUAAAUUUUCCUUGGUUUAUGGUAUAGAAAAUGUUGUCGUUCAUCGUAAUUUUGUAGAUAAAUGAACGCUUAAUCGUUCGUCUCGUAAUGUAGAGUAAAACGUUGAUAUAUUUCCUAGGUUUAUCUAUACAUGUAAAUAUUUAUUUAUUGAAUUAUUUAUUUGUUCCUCUACUUAUCUAUUUAUUUAAAUACCCUACCACUCGCUCCAUACUGGAUCAAAACUACGAAAGAAAAUUAAUGCUGACAUGAUUACCAUUUACGAAAUUUUAAACGAUCGGAAAAGUUCAACAAGAAUUCAUGCAUAUGAUCAAUUUUGAAAUUUUGGCAAAGAGGCAACAUCCAAUUUCCCGUAUUUGCGAACAAAGCCGGCCAAGUUGUGAUUCUGAGAGCAUUAAAAAAUUUCGAGUAGCUAAUAUACCUUGUACCAUUGGUGCGUGAUAUUUUCGUUUAUUUAAUUGUAGAAAAGGAUAACAAAUUUACAAAUGUGUAGUAUCGAGCAACUGUAUCAGUUGUUUAUAUUUAUUUAUCUAUUUAUUUAAGAAAUUUUUACCUUCUUUGAAUCAUAGAUUGUAGUGUAA